GAAUUGAUCGUCGCCUUCUCAAGGUCUCUUCUCUCUUCUCUUAAUUGUCCUCUUCUUUUGCACUUUAUCCACAAUUACUCUCCUUUUCGGAUCUUUCAUGGUGUUUCUUCACACCUGUAAUUGCUUCAGCUUCCUUGCUCUUGGAAUUGCUUUUAAUUCCUUCUAGGGCACCGGAUUUCGUCACUGCGUGUCCGAUCAUUUCAAUCUCGGGAUCCAACCUUUGUACCUGAUUUCAGGAGCAUAGUCAACUCAGAUGCCGGAGGACGAUUUGAUUGACAUUAAGUUCAGGCUCUACGAUGGUUCUGAUAUUGGACCAUUUCGAUACUCGUCGGCAUCCACGAUUGAUGUGCUUAAGCAGAGAAUAGUAUCCGAUUGGCCCAAAGGAAAAACAAUCACUCCGAAGGCAGCCAGUGAAGUAAAACUGAUAAGCUCUGGAAAAAUUUUGGAAAAUAACAAAACUGUUGGUCAGUGUAAAUUACCUUUUGGUGAGUUCACGGGAGGAGUCACCAUAAUGCACGUUGUUGUACAGCCAUCCCUAGCGAAAGCUAAAACAGAGAAAAAGACUGACAAUUCGCAACAAAAGAUCGUCUGCUCCUGUUCCAUACUUUGAAAUACAACACCAGUCAUAUGAUUCGUUUGGAAAAGCUAGAUCUUCUCUCUUUUUAGAGGGUUUGCAACUACAAGAAGAGGGCUAUUUAUAGAUUACGAAAGGCAUUCAUGAUUCAGUGACGAGGGUAAUUUUGGAGAAAAUUGCUAAAGAACAUAUCCCCAUACUUUCUCCAACAAAAAGAAAAAAAAAAUUAAACAUUUACUUUUCUUUUUAAAAAAAAAAAUAACAAUAAUCCUUUAAGUUGAUUAAGUCAUCCUUUUUUAUUCUUUUCAAGAGAAAGUUAAGCCAUCCUACGAAUAGCAUUAUUUGUAAAAAGGAAAAUAUCUCUGGCACUUGGAGGUGGGAGUUCAAUUACGUAUGGUACUUUAUCUGAGAAAGAGAAUUGCUUUAUUGAAUACCCAAUAUCCUAAUUGAAGCUUAAUCAUCAUCCUUGUUGAAGAAACUUGUUUCGUUCAUGAUCACAUAUUAAACUGGUGAGCCGGCCUUAAAUUGCUUAUUUGGCAUGCCGUAGUCCAUUAAGAUACAUGGGAGGGUUAUAGCCGUUAAUUUAUUGUAUUUUGACAUUUAAAUAUCUUUUCAACUUGUCAAUGCCUUGGAAAAAUUCAGAAUGAGGUUCCUCUGACUCUUCCUUCCACCUAAUGGCUGCUUGAAGCGGAGACCAACAACUCUGGGUGCUCAUCUUGAGUCAAACAGAAUGUGCUGCCUCCAAGUAAUGAACCCAAAUGUUCUAUGCAUGUGGAAAUAGGAUGCUAUUACAUUUUAAGUUGAUGUUCUUUUAAAUUGAUCUGACAAGGUCAAGGUUCAAAUUCACCAGUUCUUAAACUCAAGAGAAAGAGAAGAUUCAUCUCAUAAUUCAUAAGUAAAUAGCAUCAUGAAAGAGAUAAACUGUUAGAUA